GAGGAGGAGGCGCCCUUCGAGGGGAGACGAGAGCGCCUCUGAGGACGUGCAGAGAGCUAGUCUGCCCUGGCAGGCGGGCGUUAAUCUGAGGGGGAAACCGCAGUUCGGAGGUGUGGAUCUGCACCACGUGUGCAGAAGAGGGAGAUGUCGGCAAUAGCAGGGAAACCCCAAGGAUUGCAGAAGCACAAAGCGGGAGGCCUAAGUGGGCAAAAUCCCCCCCUAACAGCUCAGUGAUGACAGUGGCCACAAAUGCGGGGAGGGGGGGAAUGGAAUGGAGCACUACGCAAGGCACGGCCGGCUGGCCAGAACCCUGACCUGGCGCAUUCAUGCUGCAGCACUUUGUUGCAGCUCUCACUUUUGUUUUUCAUUGUUAUUGGGCAAGUAAUUUCAGAGGGACACAAAGCAGCUGCCUUUGACUGGGCUAUGUCCUUCCAAAGGGCUGUGCUCGAGGACUGAAUCCGGGGCUUUUCCGCGUGCAAAGAAUGUGCUCGACCACUGAGCUGUGGGGCCUCUCCAAAGCGUGCAACCCUCCCAGGCCUGCAAUCCGUUUCACUGCAGAGGGUGGGAACUGAACUUCGAUAUCUACCUCGGAGUGAUUAAUACUAAUCAUAUCAAACAGGAUCUUCAGAGCUGAUCUCUGUCCUGGCUUCAGGUGAUCACCGGGGAGCCGUAUUACCACCUUAAACACAGGGGCGUGGCCCAGAGGUCCUUGAAUCCGCACUGGGGCUGGCACAUCCGUCUGAAGAAAGAGCCUCUGAUCCCCUGGUUUGAGCAGCAGACGCUGAAGAGGCGAAUGAAGAGAACAGUGGUCCCCACCGACCCGUGGUUCCACAAGCAGUGGUACAUGAACAAUGACGUGCUUCCAGAUCUCAACAUCCUCACUGCCUGGAGCCAAGGUUUCACGGGCUCGGGGGUUGUGGUGAGCAUCCUGGACGACGGCAUCGAGAAGGACCAUCCCGACCUUGUGGCCAACUAUGAUCCCGCGGCAAGUUAUGACUUCAACGACGAUGAUCCAGACCCUCAGCCUCGCUACAACGCCUGGGAUGAGAAUCGGCAUGGGACGCGCUGUGCGGGGGAGGUGGCAGCCAGUGCCAACAAUGGUGUUUGCGGAGCAGGCGUCGCCUAUCGGGUGAAAAUUGGGGGGGUGAGGAUGCUUGACGGGACGGUGACGGAUAUUGUCGAGGCUCAGUCCCUCAGUCUCCGCCCUCAGCACAUCGACAUCUACAGUGCCAGCUGGGGUCCCGAGGACGAUGGGAAGACGGUGGACGGGCCCGGGAUGCUGGCCUCGGAAGCCUUCCAUAAAGGCGUCGCAAACGGCCGUCAAGGGCUAGGCUCCCUGUUUGUUUGGGCCUCGGGGAACGGUGGCCUUCGCAACGACAACUGCAACUGCGAUGGCUACACCAACAGCAUCUAUACCUUAUCCGUGGGGAGCACAACUGAGCAAGGCAGGGUGCCCUGGUACAACGAAGCCUGUGCCUCCACCCUCACCACCACCUACAGCAGCGGGGUGAAAGGCGAAAAGCAGAUUGUGACGACAGACUUGCGGCACACCUGCACGAGUGGACAUACUGGCACGUCCGCCUCCGCUCCUCUCGCGGCAGGCAUGAUUGCCCUCGCUUUGGAGGCCAACCCAGCCCUGACCUGGCGUGACAUGCAGCAUCUUGUGGUGAGGGCCUCCAGCCCAGCCCACCUCCAGGCAGACGACUGGGCUGUGAAUGGAGUGGGGCGCAAAGUGAGUCACUAUUACGGAUACGGCCUCUUAGAUGCCGGGCGGCUGUUGGAUCUGGCCAAGGAGUGGAAUACGACGCAGUCCCAGAGGAAAUGCUUUGUCAAAGUUGUCGACAAGCCAGUGGUGCUGGGUUCGAGGCUUUCCAUCUCCAAAAACGUCUCCUGCGCCGGCCUUGGGAAAAGCAAGACCAUCCAUUCUCUGGAGCAUGUCCAGGCCCAGCUCACUCUCCGUUACAGUCGGCGAGGAGAUUUAGUCAUCUCGCUGACCAGCCCAAUGGGAACAAAGUCAACUCUGGUGGCUGUCAGGCCUCACGACACCAGCAGCAAGGGUUACAGGGACUGGUCCUUCAUGUCCACGCACUAUUGGGACGAGAACCCUCAGGGCGUUUGGACCCUUCUGCUUGAAAACAAGGGGGAUGCAUACAACACUGGAUUCCUCGACCACUUUGUGUUAAAACUGUACGGGACGAAUGAGGAUAUGACAGCCAGAGCGGCUGUGGCCUCGGCGGUGAGCAAGUGUGUGAGGCGAGACGCAGUUGGGACAUGCCUGGAAUGCACUGGUCCCUUCUAUGCCUUCCAGCACCGCUGCCUGUCCUAUUGCCCUCCUAGAUAUUACACCCUCUCCCGGCCCUCCCUUGACCCUGACGGGACACCCCAUGCCAUCCAGUCCUGUGCUGCUUGUCACCCAUCUUGCUACACCUGCCAGGGAGGGACGGUGCACAAUUGCACCACCUGCCCACCCUUCAGCACUUUCAGUGAGGCCUCCCGCAUCUGUCUGCCGCACCUGUCCUCCUCCCGCAGAGGCCAGCCUGCUCGGGGACACCAGCACCUUCUCGUCCUGGUCGUGGUGACCCUGUUCUGUGUGGGGCCCAUUGUCUUCUUCAUCUUCUAUGCCGUGUACCGGUUGUCCUCCCUCAGGGACAAGUGGAAGAGACAGGCAGGGCCUUGCGCCGAAUCUGGGGCUGCCGGAUUGGAUCUCCUGUGCCUCCAUCACAUGGGCGCAGAGGAUCAUUUGAAGGAUCCCUCGCAGAAGCCUUUUCCAUGAAACAAAAGCUGAAGCACUUGAACCUGGUUGUGGAUAGCUGCUAUAUAUUUUUAUAUCCCUGACGAGCCCUGGUUUGCUCGAAUGCAAUAAACGCUCUGCUUGAGUCAG